AGGAGAAACCAGCAGGCGGCACCGGGCUCUCGCUCCUCAAAGCCGGCUGGUGGGGACUUUUCGUAGCACUCGUGGACAUUGCCACAUUUUCUUUUCUGUUUCAACCGGGACUGUCUAUUUUUUAGGGUAAUAUAUAUAUAUACCUAUAUAUAUAUUUUUUUUAUUUUUUUUUAUUUUUUUUUAACCCAUUUGGAUUCUACGUGGACUUGGCGCCGACGUUUUCCACCCCACCGCGCAGUAUAACGCCGUACCGGACCUUGAACCUGAGUCCUGUGGAGAAGUGGUCUGAAAAAGAGAUUGGAGGACAAAGGGAGGUCCAUCUUCUCAUUGAGUAGUGGCUACGGUGACGGAGGAGCACAUGAGGAGCGGUGUGACAGUAGCAUCCUGACCAGUAACCUUACAUCUGCACCACCCCCUUACGCCUGGCAACCCCCAACAGCUGGCAUUAGAAGGAAGGAAGGAAGGAAGGAAGCCAGCCUACGACCACUCCUCCUCUAGGCAUGAGGUCCUUCCGUUCCUUAAGCAAUGAUGACCGCCAUGUCAUGGCGAAGCACUCCACUAUUUACCCGUCCUCUAACGACUUGGAGGCAGUUCAGACACUAGUAUCCAAUGUGGAGUGCGCCCUCAAACACGUCUCAGACUGGCUGGAUCAGACGAGGUUGGAGGCCCAUGGCCAGCUUGAAAGCCAAGUGCCAAACAGUACCGAGGAUAUGGAGCCUCCCGAGGAGGAUGAGGGUUCUAGUGAUUGCUACAGGGAGUCCAGCAGUGGUAGAGUGCUGUGCGGAGUGGUGAGAAUUGGCCUGGUUGCGAAAGGCCUUCUGAUAAAAGGCGACAUGGACCUGGAACUGGUGUUGAUGUGCAGAGACAAACCCACGCCGAUGCUGUUGGACUCGGUCUGCCAUAACUUACCUGGGAAAAUAGAGAAGCUGACAGAGGAGAAAUACGAGGUCACAAGCUCCCUGCCCGAGGCGGCCAUCGUGGUACGGACUACGACGGAGCCCAAACUUACACUGAAGAUCACCCUUACCUCUCCAGCCAUGAGAGAUGAUGAUGAGGAGGAGGAGGAGGUGGAAGAAGAAGAAGAGGAACAGGAGGAGGAGGGGGAAGAAGGGGAGGAGAAUGAGGAGUUACAUGUGGAGGGAGCUGAGGAGGUGGAUGCAGAAAAGGAGGAAGAAGUGGAGGAUCAGGAGAAGAGGAAUGGCCACGUGUUGGGUGCUGCUGCGCAAAGAGUGGAGGCUGAGGAGGAGGAAGAGGGAGAGGUGCUGGAUAGACACAGAUGUCUGUUGGCCCUGGCAGCGCUGCGACACGCCAAGUGGUUCCAGGCUCGAGUGAAUGGACUCAAGUCCUGCGUUAUCGUUCUCAGGAUACUUAGAGACAUGUGCAAUAGACAACCCACCUGGGAGCCUCUUAACGGAUGGCCAUUGGAACUGAUCUGCGAGAAGGCCAUUGCCACCUGCAACAGACCCCUCGGGGCAGGAGAAGCCUUGCGCCGGGUCAUGGAGUGUCUGGCCUCAGGCAUACUGCUACCAGGCGGUCCAGGUUUACGCGAUCCGUGUGAGAAACAGCCUACAAACACAUUAGCCAACCUGACAGAUGAGCAGGCGGAGGCCAUUACCUACAGCGCACAGCGCGCUCUCAGGCUCAUGGCAUUUGGACAGAUCUGCAAAGUGCUGGAGAUGGAGCCUCUUCCCUCAAAUAAACCAUUGCAAAAAUACCCUUGGUGUGACAAAGAAGGCUUGGGUCUGAAAAGGCCAUACGAUGACGGAAUGAUGGACGACAAGGACCUCAUAAAGAAGAUGAAGAGGAAUCUUAGGAGAGUUCUCGACGGCAAAGCCAUAGACUCCAACCAGCCAAUGAAUGCCCUGAUGCGGUUGAACCAGAUUCGUCCAGGGCUGCAGUAUCGCCUGCUAUCCCAGUCGGGCCCUGUUCACGCCCCGGUCUUCACUAUGUCUGUGGACCUGGAUGGAACCAUUUACGAAGCAUCGGGGUCCUCCAAGAAGACCGCCAAGCUCCAUGUUGCCGUCAAGGUUCUCCAGGCGAUGGGUUACCCUACUGGUUUCGACUCAGACCUGGACCCCAUGAGCUCGGACGAGAAGUCUGACAGCGAAGGCAAGAGCGAGACGUCCUCUCACACGAGCAAUAACGUAACACACUCCUCAGACAGCUCCAACACACUGGAGGUGCGAACUCAGGGCCCCAUACUGACGGCGAGUGGGAAGAACCCUGUCAUGGAGCUAAACGAGAAAAGACGAGGUCUCAAGUAUGAGCUCAUCUCUGAAAGUGGAGGCAGCCAUGACAAGCGCUUUGUCAUGGAGGUGGAGGUGGAUGGACAGAAGUUCCGUGGGGCGGGCCCCAACAAAAAGGUAGCAAAGGCCAGUGCUGCUUUGGCCGCGCUGGAAAAACUCUUCUCUGGUCCCAACGCUGCUGCAAACAAGAAAAAGAAGCUACUGCCUCAGACCAAAGGAGCUUUGGCUGCGGCAGCAGCAGCCUCAGCAGUGGCAGCUCAGGUAGCCCGAGGAAGAGGAAGAGCCACCCUCGCACGGGGAGCGUUCGUCAGCGCCGCAGCACCAGGAUACGUUACGCCAGGCUUCGGAACGCCGUACGCUUACAGCCCCGCCGCCGCCGCAGCUGCUCCUGCUUACGGUUUGCCCAAGAGAAUGCUUCUGUUGCCCAUCAUGAAAGUACCCGCCUACCCCGUUCCCCACUACCACUUCUUUUAGACCACCAGACUUACAAACCAAACGCUCCUACUAGUCUUUUUCCUCAAGGGACACUUAUUCUUCUUUCUCCACACUCUCAGCGAUUGGGAGAGGAUUAAAGACUUCAGGUGUCAAUAUGGUGAAGUGUUUUUUGUCCUCCCCCCCUAAAACAUACUGCAGGUUUAUAUUUUGGAGUCAAACACCUGAAGUAUUUGUACUGUGAAAUUUAUACUUUGUCUCAUCCUAAAUUAUAUCUGUUGUUACUUUGUUUGUUCUUUGCUUGGAAGGGGGUUACUUUUGGAAUACGUCACACAUAAUCUCUGCAAAAUAUAAAACUAAUGUGAGCUGUGUGAGGGGAUGUAUAGGAAAAAAAUCAAUGUUGAAUAAAGUUCAUUUCCUGUAAAAGUGGAAA